AAGACCUAGCCACGGUCACGCUGCUAUGAAAAUAAAAGUGAAUUACAAAUUUAGCAGUAGAACAUUAUGUUUACUAAGCCGCUCCCGUGCCUAAUUAGUGUUGCUUAAGCUUGCAUUCAACCCCGCGCUUAUAACUCACUAAAUAGUGAAUAAGAGAAGAGAAAGAGAGAGUGAGUGCGGAGAGCGAGGUGAGAAUUCCAACCUGCCCGUGUAUGCUGUGCAGUGCUUGUGUGUGUAUGUGCCUGUGUGUGUGUGUGGUGCAUCAAGGCUGAUAAAACUAAAACUAAAUCUUAAACUAUAACUACAACUAAAUAUAAAAUAAACCCCAAAAGCGUUUAAUAAUUGCGCACAAAAAAUAAAAAUAAAACUAACACAAAAUGGAAGCGAUUGCCAAACACGAUUUCUCUGCGACGGCCGAUGACGAACUGAGUUUUCGCAAAACUCAGAUCCUAAAGAUAUUAAAUAUGGAAGAUGAUUCAAAUUGGUAUCGCGCCGAGCUGGAAGGAAAGGAAGGCCUUAUACCCAGUAAUUACAUAGAAAUGAAAAAUCACGAUUGGUAUUAUGGACGUAUCACACGUGCCGAUGCCGAGAAGCUUCUGUCAAAUAAGCACGAAGGCGCCUUUUUGAUACGCAUCAGCGAAUCCAGUCCCGGCGAUUUCUCCUUAUCAGUCAAAUGCCCCGAUGGUGUUCAGCAUUUUAAGGUUCUGCGCGAUGCCCAAAGCAAAUUCUUUCUCUGGGUGGUCAAGUUCAACUCCCUCAACGAACUGGUCGAAUAUCAUCGGACGGCGAGCGUUUCCCGGUCACAGGAUGUCAAAUUGCGUGAUAUGAUACCUGAAGAGAUGCUCGUGCAGGCGCUGUACGAUUUUGUGCCACAGGAAUCCGGGGAAUUGGACUUCAGACGCGGCGAUGUCAUCACCGUCACAGAUCGCUCCGAUGAGAAUUGGUGGAAUGGCGAGAUCGGCAACAGGAAAGGAAUCUUCCCAGCAACUUAUGUGACGCCAUAUCACUCAUAAUAAGAUAACUUCUAAGGAGGGACGCCACACAGACACAACCCCUUCCUCACGGAAAACACAACACCCCCCACAAACCCCAUAACGAUUAGGCAGCAUCAUCAGCAAUUUGCAAAUAACAGCAAGAAAGAACUAAAAACACAAAUUUUAAAUAUUUAUAUACAAGAAACGUGGACAUAAAUUCUGUAGACAACGUAUACAACACAAGUUUAAGCCUAUAAGCCGAAUGCAUUUUUUAGGUUUUGACGUUUUUUGAUAAAACUAUUACAUUAUGAUACCAUUAACAAGAUCAUUUCAUAGCAACUGGGUGACACUUUAAAAUAUAUAUGUAAAUUUAUUUGUGUAUAUAUAGCUGCGGCCGAAUAAAAGCAUUUGAUCAGAUUUUUCCUAUGGCAUCUAGCAAGACAAAUUAGGAAACACACUGCUAAUACUUUGACCGCAACUAUAGUCAAAUGCAAGUAAGUCUGCAUACCAGAUUUCACUAUUAUUAUUAUUAUUAUUGUAAACCAACGGAUUUUUGAUAUAAAUAUAUAUAUAUAUAUAAUUUAAGUUCGAUAAUGAGCAUAUUUGUCCUGUGCUUCGAAACGAGUGGUGAGGAUUGACCUAAAUGCGCUCUCUAGUUUAUUUGAUGUUUGAGUGCGUUUCAAAGCGAGUAAAAACUUAUAUUAUUAUGAUUAUAUGAUAACGAAUUACCAACCAACCCAUUGCUUAACACGUUUUAUAGAAAACGAAACAAAUUCACUAUGAAAACAAACAAAACUUUUGCCUAAAUGUCUCAAAGCUGAAGACAAUUAAAACAAAAUUUAUAUUAUAAUAUAUUAUCUCCUAAAUGCCUACCACAUAAAUUAAAUUAAUUUUUUCAUCGCUGGUUACUAAAUAUGUACGUAUCUUCAUUAUGCAAAACGAACGAUAUUAGACCUCGGCUGCACAUGCAAUUUUUGCGGCAACUAUAAUUCUAUUAUGUAAAAAUCGGUCCACCAACUUCAAUUAUUGAAAAUUGUCAUUAAUUUAGCUAUUUUGCUCGAUGUCUGUUUUUUAUUUUUAUGUUUUGCAACCCGUCUUCAACCACAAACUCGUUGAUAGACAAAAUAUUAAAAACAAAUUAUGAAAAUUGAAGGAAACAUUUGUGACAUGUGUAAAAAGUUUCAAACUGCUGCUAUAUCAUAUUGUGCUAUAAAUUAUUACUACUACUAUUUAUAAUUGGUUGAGUGUGCUGUGUGUUACCUUUUUUUGUCAUCAGCAAAGCGAUAUAGUUGCACAAUCAAGCGUUUUUCAACUACAUAACUAUAUGCAUAAAAAAAUGUAAUGAGAGUUGCCAAUAUAAUGUAAUUUAAACAACAACAAAAUGCUAAAACAAAACAUUUUAAGCCUAUUUUUUUAUCUAUAUAUAUAUAUAUAUAUCGAAGUAAAUACAAUUAUACAUUUUCCUAAUAUCCACCAAACUAAAAAACACGAAGAUGAUGCCUCAUGGAAAUAACACAUCAAAAAUAACUUUUGAUAGGCCAUAGUUUAUAUUGGCCAACAGCUGGACGCAAGACAGUUUUGUACUUUUUCCACAUAUUUGCAGGCGUGGCGACAAUUUCUCGGCCCAGAACUAGAAGUAGCCGCAUAUUUAAACUUAAAUUCGAAUCGUAACAAUAAAGCAGGCAAAUGACAAGGUUUAGAUAUUAACUAACAAGCGAAUACACAAAUGAAACAUUGCAUACGGUAUGUUAAGUCGAGGACGUAGUUUAAGCAACAAACUGAUUUAUCUAAUAAACUAUGAUAUAUAAAAUUUAA